GUCAUAAGUUACCUGGGUGGUUUCUUACACAAUUUGCACGUGACUACAAUUAAAGUUGGACUCUGCACACCAUCCUUAUGCACUACCGAAGACAUCAAUAAGCUAGUACAAAUUAUUCCAGAGAAACUGUCAAUUCCAUGGAAGUUUGAUGUUAGCCGCUGCGAGAUACGAGAGCCGGUGAAUUUCACAACUUCUCAAUUCAUCUCAUUAUACGUGAUUGGAAUCUUAGCUGCCUUGAUAAUAACGGGCACAAUAGUCAGCUAUGUAUGGUCAUCUGAAGAAAUGGAAAGAAGUAAUAGUGUCAAAUCAACUUUGUUCAAUGCCGUGAAAGCUUUCUCUUUUACAUCAAAUGCGAAGAAGUUGUCUGACUACACAUGCCCUGAAGAAAAUUUGAGCUUUGUGUAUGGCAUUAUCUUCAUCGUCUUUUACUGGGUUGUCAUAUCUAAUACAUUCAUGUAUGUCAAUUAUGAUGUGGCAUCAAACUUCAUAGAAGCUUUGCGUAUAGUCAAGCAUUUAUUUUACGAGCUGGUCUUGAACAGAAUUAUUCCUUUACAAAGUAUUUUCUUUGUAAGUGGUCUUCUUACUACGUAUCGCUAUCUGAAAUCUCCUGAAAAGAAUUUAAACGUCUUCAAAUUUAUCUUCAAGAGGUAUUGGAGGUAUACGCCAGCGUAUGGCUUAAUAUUGGCUCUGGUUAUUUUGACGCCUACUUGGGGAUCCGGACCAUCAUGGUAUAGUCAUUUGAAUCCCAUGUACAUGAAAUGUAGGGAUAACUGGUGGUACAACCUCCUGUAUAUAAAUAAUUUCCUAGAUACAGGACGAGCGUGCCUAGAUCAUACGUGGGUUAUCGCGGUGGAUGCUCAACUGCAUGUCAUUGCCAUUUUUAUUUUGAUCCCGCUAAAACUGCGUCCAAAGAUCGGAUUGCUGAUAACGUUUGUUCUCGCCUUGGCUAGUUUGACAUCAGUUGCACUGACCAAUGUCUAUUAUGAUCUACCACCAAAUGAAAUGUCAGCUUUCUUGCAUCCUAGGGAUCGUAUGUUCUAUGCUGAACACACAUACUAUAGGGUAUACACUCAUUUAAGUAUAUACUGCACUGGAGUGUUUGUAGGGUACUUCAUGGCAAAAUACCCUAACAUCAAGAUAUCAAAAAAAAUGUCAACUUUUCUGUGGUUAAUGACAACUAUAGCAUUGAUAACGGCUUUGACUUGCGUUCAUGAAUGGCGAAAUGGCGCUGUUCCUAGCCCCCUGUUAGGUGCCAUCUACACCACAUUCAGUAAAAUAGCUCAGGCUUCAUUCCUAGCUUGGGUUGCCGUCGCCUGUAUGACUGGUCAUUCAGAUGGUGUUCGGGAUGUACUCAGUUGGAGACCAUUCCAUUUUCUUUCCCGGCUUGCCUUCAUUGGCUACAUUAUGCAUGUUCCAAUUAUAAAUAUGCUCAUGGGUUUCAGAAAAGCUCACAUCUUCAUAUCAGAAUUGGAAAUUUUUCACGUGGUUUUAAGCCAUGCAGCUGCUACCUACGUUGUUACCUAUAUACUUUAUAUAUGUUUCGAAGCACCGUGGUUAUCCCUAGCGGACGUGGUGAGAAAGCGCUGUAAGGCCAGGACAUUCACAAGUACAAGCCAGACUAUGACUGAAAAACCCGUGAAAUACUUAGAUAAGGAGAAAAAUGUUACGUCAUCGAGUAUUAAGAUAUGGACCUCUGCUUUGGAGAAAGGUCAACUCUGAAAAUAUGGAUUUUUAAACAAGUUAUGAUUUCAGCCAUUUAAAUUUUACAAUAUUGUGACUCUGAAUUUACAGAAAAUUGCAUCAAUAAGUAAUACUGAUGCAAUUUCUAAUUAAAUUCUUCGAGGAAGUUUCCCGCCGGAUUGUACAGGAGGUAUUUGGUUUUUUACAGAUACUUUUGAAUAGAUUCUAAGCAAGACUGCAUGCAUCUUUGUUUUUAAAGACAUUUAUGAACAGACUUUAAGCAACCUUGCGUAGAAAAUAUUUGUUUUAGUAUAUAAUGUUAUUGAAUGUCUUAUAAAAGGUGUUUUGAUUCUUAAUUCAUUUCCGAAUCCGCAUUUUAAGAAAACGGCUGCAACAGUACUUCUCAAAAAGGGAUAUUCUAUAGUUUGUAUGUUAAUAUAUAUGAAGAGAUAAUCUGGAUUUCUCUAUUAGGAGAAUUUUCUGACAAAAUUCAAAACUAACUAUGGAAUAAUAGUCAAUUUUAAUUUAUUACGAGACAUGAAUGUAAAAUCAAAACGGCUUUUAUUGUCUACAAAACAAUUCGUCUGUUACGAAAACCUGGAAGUUUCUACACUAUAACUAAAAUUUAUCAUUUCAACAGAAUUGUUUUAAAAUUAUCUCAUCAAUCUUUAGAAUGUUUCAAUUUAUUCACUACUACUUUCAAAACUGAAUACAGGGAACGAUUACGCUUACAUUUACUAAUAUGUCAUUUCCUUUCAUUUGCGCAUUAUGAAAAUACUAUUGAGCUAAUUCUGCAAAGAAAAUAGGAAUCUAAUUAUACACUUGCGUUUUAUAUAAUACAUUUAUAUACAUGUACUACAUAUCUUAAAUACUUUCUAAAAUAUGUAUGGCUGUUGUGUAAUUAUUUAUUUAUUCGAGUUAACAUAUGCUGCUAAAUAAUACUAAUAUCUGAAGAAAUUUUAAUUGUAUUACAUUACUUAAAAUUAUAUAAAGUUAAAAUUAAGAAAUGCAGUCUAGUACAGAACCCUAACAAUUGAAUGAUAGCGCAUCAUACCUUAUACCAUUUUACUAAUCUUUGAAAUGAUAAAUUCUAAAAUCAUGCUUUAAUAAGAAAAUGGCUUAAACAAUUUAUUUAAAAUAUAAUCUGAUUUUUGCUAAAAAUGUAGAAUACAAUUACUUCCGAAUUAAGAAUUGAUACAUGUUGUAUCAGAGAAUGUUGAAAGCAAAUUAAAUUUUAAUUGGAAGAAUUCAAUUCCUACAUAUCCUUUUUUCAAUGGAAUACGCACAUUUACUCUACUCAAAAAUCAUAUAAAAUCAUGCUUUAAUAAGAAAAUGGCUUAAAUAAUUUAUUCAAAAUGUAAUCUGAUUUCUGUUAGAAAUGUAAAAUGUAAUUACUUCCGAAGAAUUGAUACAUAUUGUAAUAAAGAAUGUUGAAAGCAAAUUAAAUUUUAAUUGGAAGAAUUCAAUUCCUACAUAUAAUUUUUUCAAUGGAAUACGCACAUGUACUCAAAAAUCAUUUAACAGACGACCUCAAAUAUAUCUACCAGAAAUAUUCUACUCAAGGCAUUGAAGCACAGUUUCUUUCAUUAAAUUGUAUGUUAUACUCAUUUUAUUGUUUCAUAUAACUGUUUUUAUAUUGUUAGAAUAUUUGUGGCAACAAAGUAACGCUGAGCGUUCGGUGUUUGCCGCAGUUUCACGUCAUUUUAAGUAUUGUAUUGAUUGCUCAUAUUGUCAGCGACAAGAACGUCGCAACUGUAUCAGUAUUUUGUUGUUAAUAAAAUUGUGAUAUUCUUUAAUGAAUACGUUGUACAAUAAAUGUUUUUGUGACAAAAUG